AUGCGUAAUGAGUUGGAGGCAUCCCUUGACGAGAAGCAGAACCAGAUCAAAGCCUUGGAAGAAAAGGCGGAGGAAUCGAUCAGAACACGUGUUAGAGCAGCAGAAAUAACCGAACCCUCAAAGCAGAAAGAAACCGAGGUUGAAGAAGCAAAACAACAAAUCAAUAAACUAAGCACGCCUGAAAACAACACUACUAUCCAAGAUCAAACAAUAGAAAACCCUAACAAUGCAAAUGAAGAUACUCCUAAAGAAGGAAAAGACGGAGUCAUGGGAGAAGAAAAUGAUCAAAAGAAGAGACCCACAAAUUCCCAAGGAAGCACAAUGGAGGUAAAUGAGGAAAAAGAACAUAAAUCUGAAGCGGGUGAAAUGGGACAAGAAAGUGACGAAGAGCCCACAGAACUUCGAGCGGCAGAAAUAACUGAACUCUUGAAGAAAAAGGAAACAGAGCUUGAAGAAGCGAAGCAACAACUUAAGAAAGUAGUUGCCAAUGAAAAUGACACUACUUUCCAACAGGGAACAAUAGAGAACGUCAGCAAUACAACUGAAAUGAAUAAUGAAGGUAUAGCUAAAGAUGAAAAAUUGGUGAAUUCGCAGACUACUGUAGAUGAUAAUCCUGGGACAGAUGGUGAAAACACGCAAGAUUCAGAAAACCAUCAACUGGCGAAGACCACAAAUUCUCAAGAAACACGAGCAAGUCAAGAAAGCACGGCGGAGGUAAAUGAACAGAGCGAAGAGCUCACUAGUGGCGAAGAAAAACCAGAGGGCGAGGAGAAGAAAGAACGAGAGUCUGACAAAGCUGAAGAGAGUGAAAUGAGGCAAGAAAGCAUAACGGAGGUUCAAGAACGGAGCAAAGAGGCUAAAAAUGAUCUAGAAACAGUGAACAAUCUGGAGAAAGAAGUAGUGGAGGCUUCUCGAAAUGAGCAACAAGAAAAGCCCAUAAUCAAGGAGCCUAAAGUGAGACGAAACAAAAACAGAGGCAAAGGUAGAAGAAGAUGGAGGAAAGGCAGUGAUAGAGCAAGGGAAGUUAACAUAAAUGUAAAUAAAGAGAACAAAGAGAUGGAAGGCGGGCAUCAAGAAAGAAUUCAUGCCGCUAAUAGUUCAGAAAUUCAUGAAGUUUCUAAUAGCAAUGGCCAAAGCAAUUCAGAAGCCAUGGCAGAAGCAAGAGAAGAUAAUGAUGUUUCUACCUAUCAACAGCCAGAAGAUGGUAGAGGAGGAUUAGAAGUCGAAGGAGAUGGAAUUAACAAAAUUUUUGAGGUGGAAAAUAAGGAAAUAACAUCUAUUAGUGAGCAACCAGAAAAGCCCGACAAUUCUGAAGAUAAUAAAACUAAGAACGAAGAUAGUGAUGAUAAAACCGGAGCUGCAACUGAUAAGGAAAGUGAUGCUCAGACAGAGUAUGGAGUUGUCAAGGAAGAAGAUGAUAAUACCAAGUCCUUCGAAAAGCAAACUGAUGCUGAGAAUACUGCUGAAAAUGGUGAAGUUUCAAAAAUCAACAUUGGAGACAGCACUGAGGAGAUAACAUCUAAGACCAUCUCCACUAGUGUAUAA